UUUUCGUUUUCAUUUUGUUUUUCCCCAAAACAAAACUAAAACAACAUCUCAAAGUAACACCCUUUCAGUCCUUAGUCUUGGUUCCCACCUGGGUCACUGGCUUCUCUGUGAGUCAUUACACAUCAAUAGCUUUUCAUCCAGAUUCUGUCACCGACCUGCCAACAUUCAACGACAGUAUUUCAAACAACCACCUACGCCAAAACUCAGAAUGGGAGCAGUGUGCUCGAAAUGUUGACAUUAAAGCUCCGUUGAUCUGCAGCAGUGAUGGGGACUAAAAAAAAAAAAAAAAUUAAUGCCGUAAUGAUGAUUGAUACAGUGUAUCCUGGAGCCUCUCCUCUCUGUAGUGUCUUAGAUAAAUCAUGCUAAAGACUACAGUUAAUAAGAUAAACCCGUUGACUUUUCAUCAUGUGUCACUUUCUCUCCACCUCCUGUCAGAACGCGUAGCUUCAUCCACUGGCCACCCUCCCUCGCUGCUAGCUAGUCCCAGCAUGGCGGAUGGUCGACAGCCAGAAGAUGGUACCCCACAGUGGGACCCUUCAGGAGGGCAGGAGCCUGCUGGCACUCACGGAGCCAAUGGCUACUCCUCCUCAGGAUACAGAAGCUGCCAGGCCGGAGGAGCACAUGUGACCACAGCCCCCUACUCUGCCAGAGAAAAUGGCUUCAAUGGGGAGUUUACUGGAGCUCAUGCUAUAACUGCAGAGCAAGUGUCUGCCCGGAUUGUGCAAGAAGUUACAGCGGAGGCAGUGGCUGUGCUAAAAGGAGAACAGGAGAGUCAAAGGCUGCCAUCGGUUGAAGACACCACCAACCUGCCUCCCUCUCCUCCCCCCUCACCUGCUGCCUUGGGUCCUCUGGAACAAGAUGUAGGGGAUGAGGAGGAGGCGGGUCCUCUCCGCCGCUUCCAAAAUUCCCGGGAGAGGUGCAAGUUCCUCGCCCCCUCCAUCUCAGUUUCCGUGCCCGAGGACGAGCCCUACCACUCCGACGAGGAGUACUAUGAGCACCCAUUGUUCAGCCCAGAGUGGACGCACUCGGGCUCUCGCCCCACAGGGCAGGCCGUGGCCUUUAGACAGAUUGAAGAAGAGACCAUGGAGGCUCUUACAGCUGAAUACGGAGAGGAAGUGGAAGAGGAGGAUGAGGAGGAGGAGGAGGAGGAGAGUGCAGAGGCAGCAGAGUCCGAGGCAGCUCUUGAUGAGCAGCAAUGGAGUGGGGAGGAGCCUGAGCUGGACAGCCCCCAAGAUGAGACCUUAGAACAGGCAGAGGACAUAGACGAGGCUCAGGACCUAGACCUGGAGCCGUUGGAAUCAGUUAGUGCUGCGGCAGAAAUCUCUAUGGACAGAGAGGAGGAGGAAGCAGAGGGUGAGGAGAGCCCGGAGACAGCUUUGAAGAUGGACUCGGACAAGCAGGCCAGUGGGUCCAUGAGCCCAGACAGCAUUGGAUCAGAAAAACGCCCAGAGGAGUUUUUUGAGUCCCCGAUGGAAGGUUUUUUUGCCGGUGAACGAGUCGUCCCAGAGAGCCCGACCAUGGAUACGCCGCCGUGUGUACCUCAAAACCAAGCCAAAGAUUCAUCCAGAACACUUACGCUUCAGCCAACGUACGGCGAGCCAAUCACAGUGUCAGAGAAGCAGCCUUCAGUCGAGGUGGUGGAGGUCUCUAGCAUUGGAGCACCCUCUGAUUUUUCCUCCAUUGCGGCCAAAGAUCAAGGAAUAGACUCCACAAGAGAUGCUAGUGACAAAUCUGGUAUGUCAGCGUAUUUCGAAACCUCAGCCACUGAGGCUGGAACGGCUCAACAGAGUAAGGGUGAAGGUUACUACGAACUGAGCACAGCUGGUGAGGAAAAAACUGCGACUGAUUCCAGGUCUCAGGAGGCAGGUUACAGCACACCAGAUGAAGCCCAAGAUACAUUUGAAAGUAAAGAGAAGACAACAGAAGACACUAAAACUUUCCAAGUUCCUGACAGAAGUAACGAAUGUAGGCUUUCCCCAGGUAAACUGGCCUUAGAGCAGAGGAGUUACUCACUGAACAUCACCAUUGGAGCAUUGGAUCAGAGUGGUCAAGGUAGAACCAAGCACUUCUCCCCUCUGGCCACAGAUAUUAUGUCUUAUACAAGUGGAAGCCUUGAUGAAUCUGCGGACUACCUCCCGAUCACUACACCCUCUGUUGAUAAGUCUCCAGCCUUCCCUCCCCGAAUCCUGGAGACUGCAGCUUCCAUAACGUCAGAUUCUUCAUCACCUCCAAAGUCGAUGGAUGUUGUUUCUAAACCCAGUGAAGAGCCGGAGUUGCCAGAAUCACCUCAGCCUACCAACAACACCUUUAAAAAUGGCACAGUGAUGGCACAAGACCUGCCGGAGAUGCUGGACCUGGCAGGUACCCGUUCCAGAUUGGCUUCAGAUAGCAAUGAUGUAGAAAUUACCCGGAGGAAGUCAAUUCAGGUUGAUGUUCUUGCCUUUGCUGAUGACCCACUUGCAAGUCUCAUAUCAGGAGAACAAAGUCCUAGGACCAGAAAAAGUGACAGCCAAAUGGAGGACGUGGGCUAUUGUGUAUUCAGUGAAUAUUCUGGGCCCAUGCCAUCUCCUGCUGAUGUGUUUAGUCCUACAAACACUUGUGCAAAGGUAUUCACUCCCUCUGUUCUGGAGGAGAAAGUGGCUGAGCAGGCAAGAAAGUUGGGAGUCAGAGACACAUCUUUGGAGGAAAAGAGCCAGCUGUCAGGGGACGCUGAAGUCCCUGAGGAAAAAGGUCAGAAACAGGCAGAAACAAAGGAUGCUGCAGAAGAAAAGGGCGAAGAGAUUGCAGACGGUCAGUUUACUAAAACUUCAGAUGAGAAGGAGAAACCACCCACUCAUACAAGCGAGACCUUUGUGACGCCAACAGUCACUGUAACCUUAGAGGGAGGAAGGUCAGUAAGUGAGACCGAACGACAAGGCAGUGGUGAAGGCUCUGCAUCAGAAACCGAGAUUGCUGACUAUGAGCGGCAAAUCCGCAAAUUGGAGAUGGAGGACAGGCCCUUAAGUUUGGAAGAGGAACGGGAAUUACAGGAGCUGCGGGAGAAGGUGAAACUGGUCCACCAAGAAGCCUAUGAGGAGGUGGAUGCUGAGGAUGUGUACCAGCUGACUGGUGUGGCCAAGGAUCGUAUUGCGAGACCUGUCAAAACUUCACCCACUUCAUCUGUGGAGAGCAACAUUGACGAUGACAAGCUGCUCUCCCCAGUGCUGUCACCUUCCAAGCUCAGAGAAAGAGAAGUAUAUGGCUCACCAAAACGUGUGCCUUCACCAGUAUUAGGAAUCGUCAAAGACGAAAAAGUGAAAGAAGAAUUUAAACCAAAGUUAAGUGAAGAGCGGGAGAAAGUAGUCAAAGAGGCCGAGGAAAAAGAGAAGGAAAUUAUAUUGACAAAAGAAAAGGAAAUCAGAGAGAAAGAAGAGAGUGAACAAAAAGAGAAGUUACUGAAGGAUGAAAAAGAAAAGAAGGAAAGGGAACAAAAAGAGCAGGAGGUGAAGGAGAAAUUGGAACUAGAGGAGAAAGAGCGGAAGGAGAAGGAAGCGCAGGGCGUUAGGGAACAAUUUGACCGUGAGCGGAUGGAGAAAGAGGAGAAAGAGAAGCUUGAAAAGGAGAAAAUAGAGAAAGAGAAAAUUGAGAGGGAAUUGAAAGAGAAGGAAGAGGAAGAAAGAAGAGUAAAGGAACAGAAAGAAAAACUAGAGAAGGAACAAAAAGAGAAGGAAGAGAGAGAGAAAAUAGAGCGGGAACUAAAGGAGAAAGAAGAAGAAGAAAUAGAACUGAAACUUAGAGAAGAAAGUGUGGCAAAGAAAACUGACUUACCAGAGGAUCAGCCAGACCAAGCCUUAAUGCCUGCCAAUGAGGAGAAAGAGGAAGGUGAGGAGGAGCAACCAGAGGGAGCAAAAAUGGUGGCUGGGCCACUAAAGGAAAUCCCAGAAUCCCACGCUGUUAUUGAGUCAGUGGUGACAGUUGAGGACGACUUCAUUACUGUGGUCCAGACCAUUGAUGAAGCAGAGGAGCCGGGACACAGCGUCCGUUUCUCGGCUCCAACGGAGCCUGAAGCUCUUUGUGUCUCUGCUCUUAAAGACCAAGAGGAGGAAGAGGAGGAAUCUGUGGAACUGGCCCAGGAGGCAGAGAUGGAGGCUGCCAGUCUAGAGGAGAUAGGUGAUAUCUCGGAAGCCCCAGCUUCUCCCGAGAAGGAGGUUCAAACUGUAGAAACUGAAGAACCGUUGGAAAGCUACGAUAGGGACGAGACCACAAUGGAUGACUCUAUCCUGGACAGCUCCUGGGUCGACACACAAGAUGAUGACAAGAGUAUGGCAACAGAAAUGAUCGAGCCAUUGCCCAAGGUUCUCAGUCCAGACGGAGAGUCUGGUGUGGAGGUGACAAAGGAGACACAGCAGAAAAUGACUGAGAAACAGACCUCCAAACCAAAGGCCAAGGGAGGAAAGGCCAGAGGUCGGAUCUCCACACCAGAACGCAAAGCUGUCCGCAAAGAACCUGUCCACAUUCCUAGAGAGGAAGUGAAGAAGAAAAAAGUAGCAGUCAUACGGAGAACAGAGCUGACCAGGAAGACUGAGUCUCCAUCCAGGAGGACCACCAUGAAAUCUGCCAUGCGCGAGACCCGCCCCCUGCACCACUCCUGCCCCAGAAGAAGAACCACAGAGACCCUACCAGACUCUCGUCAACCUCUAAGUGUCGCACGGCGGUCUAGGGACAGAGCAUUGGACGGCGGAUCACGCAGCCCAGAAAAGAAGUCCUCGGUGCUGAGGCAUGCUUCUAUACUCAGUCGCCGUGGAUACCAUGACUACGAAGAGAGUUCCACCUCCAUCACCAGCUCCGGCUCCACUGCUCCCCGCAGACCCACAACAUUCCGAACCGAGAUGAGAGCAGAGCACAGGACAGGGCGAGCGCCUGCUAUGACAGCUACAGAAUCGAUGCGCUCCCGUUCAGCCCGCAGUGGUCACUCCACCCCUCGUACACCGGGCUCCACCGCCAUCACUCCGGGAACUCCUCCCAGCUACUCGUCGUCUUCAAGGACCCCGGGAACCCCUCGCUCCCUCAGCUUGAUGUCCCAGGAGAGGAAGGUGGCAGUGGUCCGCACCCCACCCAAGUCACCCGCGACCACACCCAAGCAGCUGCGCAUCAUCAGCGAGCCACUGCCUGAUUUUAAGAACAUCAAGUCUAAGAUUGGCUCCACAGAAAACAUCAAGUACCAGCCCAAAGGAGGACAGGUCUUCAUCCCCAGUGUUAAGCUGGACUAUAGCCAUGUUCAGUCUAGGUGUGGGUCCUUGGACAGGCGGGGCUACUCAGCAGGAGGUGGAAACAUCCAGAUACAGAACAAGAAGAUUGACCUGAGCCACGUGACCUCCAAGUGUGGCUCUCUGGACAACAUCCAUCACCGACCUGGGGGAGGUAAUGUGCGUAUAGAGAGUGUGAAGUUGGACUUUAAAGACAAAGCCCAAGCCAAGGUGGGUUCCCUGGAUAAUGCUCAACACAUUCCUGGUGGAGGCCAAGUCAUGAUUGAGAGCCACAGGUUGAUGUUCCGUGACCAAGCCAAAGCCAGAGUGGACCACGGAGCUGAGAUUGUCAUCCAAUCUCCCGGCUCAAUGUCCCCACAACAGUACCGGGACAGCCACCUGUCGUCCUCGGGCAGCAUCAACCUGACAGAGUCUCCGCUGUUAGCAACGCUGGCCGAGGACGUCACUGCGGCUCUGGUGAAGCAAGGCCUGUGAAAACUGCGGGUUUGUUCCGUUUGUUACUAACGCCGCAGACAUCCUUGCCCUGACGUAUUGAAACUUUUGUGCCCACUCCUGCCACCUUGAGGCCAUCCUCAGCUAAACCACCGCCUCUGAACUCCUCCACUUCAAGAUCCAUGACUCCACUCUAGGAAGAGAGGUGAAUUAGGAGCUAUCGUAUGUCGUUCCUCUUUUUUCUCAUCUAUUUUCGAUGCAGAGAUAUUUGUUAUUUCUAAUUCAUUUGUUGGCCUCUGUCUCUUUAUCAAUGAUGUUGCAUAGAAUAGUUCAGAUUGAGCACUGGUCCCAGAUCUGACUGGGGACCAGCUGUUGUCUUGAUUGUCCUGGAUCAGUUUUGUGAAGAAGCUACAGCCUUGGCCAGCACACCAUGCA